AUGCUGGAGGUUUUCCAGACAAGCCUCUUCCCAUUUGAAGUCGGAAGCGUGCGCAAUGUGCUGUUGGACCACUUAGAGCGAAUCUUUGACCUCGGCCGUGUCUACCACGACUUCUACAGUGGAACUCUGCAGGAGAACGACGGGCCCCUGGCGCUUCGCGCCUCGCUUGUCAAGCGCCUCAGCGAGUUUGCCUUCGGCAACGAGGGCGACCCUGAGGGCUACGCCUACCCGCAGCCUUCUGGGCCGGCUCCACCACCACCGAAGGGUAGCAUCUCCCCUGCCUCGGCGUUGGAGCUCAUCGGAAACUUCUUCUACCAUGCCCACAGCAGGGAGCAGUGCCCUCCCGCACCGGGAUGCGCGAAUGCCUCGGCUCACGAGGUGCUGCUGGUGCACUACCAUCGCCUGGCUCCCCUCCACAUGCGGAAGGCCUUCUGCAACUACUACCACUUCACCACAGUGGCGCUGUCCCGUUUGGUGGCGCUGCUUCCACGCCUUCAAGCUGAUCCUAGCAUCGUGAUCACAAUUCCACAUCCCAACAAGAAAGGCCAGCGCUCUCCCUACAUCCGCGACAGCCUCCGGCUGCUUGGCCUGGAAGACCAUCGCAUCGUGGAGUUCCCACCUUGCCGUGUCGUCUUCGCUACCGAGGUCCUCCUCGCCGGCGCUGGGCCCCGUGCCACCCUUGGCCGAGAUGCGGAGGGACGAGCUCGGGCGAUCAUGGCUGAUGUGGCGGAUGCCGCGCCAACACGGCGCGUGCGCAAAGCGGUGCUCGCGCAAGCCAGGGCAAGCGGCCUGCCUGGUGGCGUGCUGCUGAUCGACCGCCGCGAGCGCCGUGCCAUCGCCAACCUGCCCGAGGCUUGGAAGCUUUCUGGUGAGGAGCUCUUUGCGGAUGCUGCCGGCCAAUGUCGCGGCCGCAGCUUCUUUCCUUUGGGCCGAGUCUCGCUGGCGUAUUGCGAGAACCUGACCUUCGCCGAGCAAGUAGCUGCCUUCGCGGCUGCCGAUGCAGUUGUGGCCAUCAGUGGCGCCUGCCUGGCCAACAGCCUUUACAUGCGGGUUGAGUGA